GCACCACUAAUCCGCCAUUUUCUUGCACGGUUUGAUUGCAUUUUGUAGAGUCAGUUGAUAUCCAUGGAUAUCUAGUAAUUUCAUUAACAUGAACAGCAUAUACGGCGUGCAAAUUAACAAUAGGUACGCGUCGUUUGAGGAUAAUGAGGAGGCGGAUCCAAGCGAGCUACUAAAACAAGUAGAAUGUAAAAAUAAAGCAGAGAAGGAGGCAAAAAAGGUUCCGAAGACUAAUACCAAAGUCGAGAGGCCAAAGACGGCCAAAAAAUCGACAGAGGUAACUACUAAUCAAAAGAACAAGACAGGCGAAGAAAGAAAAGAGAAAACUUCGGAAAAAGAAUUGGCAAAUCGUGACGAAAAUCGUCCGAAGAAGGCCAGAGAUGAAAACGAAAAGAUUUCUCGUGAGAAUCGUUCUCCAAAAGAGAAUAAAUUUUCAGCGGGAAAAACACGUGGAACAGACAUGGCAAAUCGGCCAAGACGAGGAGGCGGUCCUGUAAGAAACAAGGACGAUGGAUUUGGCGGAAAAUUUGAAGUAUUUGGCGAAAAACAAGCUAACGAUCACGAAAAUAAGUCUCGACCUGCAAGAGGAAGAGGCAGAGGUACCAGAGGUACUUUUGCUGGAAGAGAAGGAAAGCGGGUUUUUGACCGACAUUCUGGAUCAGACAAGACCGGUAUUAAACAUCAGGACAAGAAACAAGGCGGUGGACGAGCCAACUGGGGAAGUACAAAUGAUCAAAUCGAUGCAUCUUUAACAGAAGAGAAACAGGAAAUGAAUACUUCAACCGAUGAACCCGAAAAUCAGGACCCAAAUGUCUCGAAGGAAGAAAUCAAAGACGAAUCGGUACCGACUGAACCUGAAGUUAAACAAAUGACACUGGACGAAUAUAGGAAAAUGCAAAAGGACAAACAACCGAAAAAGGACUUCAACAUCCGCAAGGCUGGCGAAGGUGUUGACGAAAGACAAUGGAAAGAUACAUUUCAAUUAGCGAAGAAGAAAGACGACAAAAAGGAUGGCGAAGAAGACGACGAGGACGAUGAAGAUUACGAUGAGGCCAAGGAAGGAAAGAAAAAGAAAACACUAAAUAUUGAAAUUACGUACCGGGAUGAUAGACGUGGAGGCAGAGGACGAGGUAGAGGACCAGGUGACCGUGGUAGAAGAGAAGUCGGAGCAGGAUCGGGAGCAGGCGGAAGACCGGGAAGAUCUUUUGGAAGUGGCGGACGAGGUGGUCCAGGCAAAAAAGUAAGGGCACCUAAUGUCAGAAAUGAGGACGACUUCCCUGCUCUUCCCGUUAGAGUUCAAUAA